GAUUUAUUUAUACCUGUGGUGGAACUUUAAAAGGACUUAAUGGCACUAUAGAAAGCCCUGGCUUCCCAUAUGGAUAUCCAAAUGGUGCAAACUGUACAUGGGUUAUAAUAGCAGAAGAAAGAAACAGAAUACAAAUCGUCUUUCAGUCUUUUGCUCUAGAAGAAGAAUAUGAUUAUUUGUCAUUAUAUGAUGGGCAUCCUCAUCCUGCAAACUUUAGGACAAGGUUAACAGGAUUUCAUCUUCCUCCACCUGUGACAAGUACAAAAUCUGUAUUUUCACUUCGCUUGACAAGUGACUUUGCAGUUAGUGCUCAUGGGUUUAAAGUUUACUAUGAAGAAUUACAGAGUAGUUCCUGUGGCAAUCCAGGAGUUCCACCAAAGGGUAUCUUGUACGGUACAAGAUUUGAUGUUGGUGACAAAAUCCGAUACAGCUGUGUAACUGGAUAUAUUUUGGAUGGACACCCCCAGCUUACUUGCAUAGCUAACUCUGUGAAUACAGCAUCAUGGGACUUCCCUGUUCCUAUCUGUAGAGCUGAGGAUGCUUGUGGAGGAACUAUGAGAGGAUCCAGUGGAAUCAUCUCAAGCCCCAACUUUCCUAAUGAAUAUCAUAAUAAUGCAGAUUGCACAUGGACAAUUGUUGCAGAGCCUGGUGAUACUAUCUCACUCAUAUUUACAGAUUUCCAAAUGGAAGAAAAAUAUGAUUAUUUGGAAGUAGAAGGUUCUGAACCACCUACAAUAGGGCUGUCUGGAAUGAAUAUACCUCCUCCAGUUAUCAGUAACAAAAACUGGCUCAGACUACAUUUUGUAACAGACAGCAAUCACCGAUACCGUGGAUUUAGUGCUCACUACCAAGGUUCUUCUUUCAUCAAAACUGCCUCCACUGGUGAGUUAGAGGAGCAUAUUGCGGCCACUACUGGUGCCAUUACUGUUGCUAGCACAUCUGCUGAUGUUGCUGUAUCCAGUGCAGUGACCACCCAUAGACAACCUUCUGAAGAACAACAAGUGCAAGCUAUGAAUAUAAGAAAAUCAGUUCGGGAGUCGGCCAGUUACAAGGAAGCACUCUCUCUUCAUCAAGCAAAUUUACAAAGCACAAGAAGACGACCAAGAAAUGCUGAGCAGAUAGAAAGAACUAAAGAACUUGCAGUUGUUACUCAUAGAGUGAAAAAGGCCAUAGAUUUUAAAUCUAGAGGAUUUAAAUUGUUUCCAGGGAAAGACAACAGCAACAAGUUUUCUAUCUUAAAUGAGGGAGGUAUUAAACAGGCGUCCAAUUUGUGUCCAGAUCCUGGAGAACCAGAAAAUGGAAAACGGAUAGGCUCAGAUUUUAGCUUGGGAGCAACAGUGCAGUUCUCCUGCGAUGAAGAUUAUGUGCUUCAAGGUUCCAAAAGUAUCACCUGUCAGAGGAUAGCUGAAGUUUUUGCUGCAUGGAGUGAUCAUAGACCCGUGUGUAAAGUCAAAACUUGUGGAUCCAAUCUUCAGGGACCUGGAGGCACUUUCACAUCACCUAAUUUUCCAUUUCAGUAUGACAGCAAUGCUCAAUGUGUGUGGGUCAUCACGGCUAUCAAUACCAAUAAGGUUAUUCAGAUAAAUUUUGAAGAAUUUGAUCUGGAGAUUGGUUAUGACACACUGACGAUUGGUGACGGAGGAGAAGUGGGUGAUCCUAAAACUGUGCUUCAAGUGUUAACUGGGAGCUUUGUACCAGACUUAAUUGUGAGCAUGAGCAAUCAGAUGUGGUUGCACCUUCAAACGGAUGAAAGUGUGGGAUCAAUUGGUUUCAAGGUUAACUACAAAGAAAUUGAAAAGGAAAGCUGUGGGGAUCCUGGAACACCAUUGUAUGGUAUCAGAGAAGGGGAUGGAUUUUCUAAUCGUGAUGUUUUAAGAUUUGAGUGUCAGUUUGGAUUUGAAUUAAUUGGAGAGAAAUCUAUCAUUUGCCAAGAAAACAACCAGUGGUCUGCAAACAUACCAAUCUGUAUUUUUCCUUGCCUUUCCAAUUUUACUGCACCGAUGGGAACAGUUCUUUCACCUGAUUAUCCAGAGGGAUAUGGAAAUAAUUUAAACUGUAUCUGGACAAUAAUUUCAGACCCUGGGAGCCGAAUCCAUCUCUCCUUUAAUGACUUUGACUUGGAAUCUCAGUUUGACUUCCUUGCAGUUAAAGAUGGUGACUCUCCAGAUUCCCCCAUAAUAGGAACAUUUACUGGUGCUGAAGUUCCUUCCCAUCUUACCAGUAAUGGCCAUAUUUUGCGUCUGGAAUUUCAAGCUGACCAUUCGAUGUCAGGACGUGGAUUUAACAUCACUUAUAACACAUUUGGACAUAAUGAGUGCCCAGAUCCCGGAGUGCCAAUCAAUGCUCGGCGUUUUGGAGACAACUUUCAGCUGGGGAGCUCAAUUUCUGUUAUAUGUGAAGAAGGAUUUAUUAAAACACAAGGAACUGAAACAAUUACUUGUAUGCUAAUGGAUGGAAAAGUAAUGUGGAGUGGACCUAUUCCUAAGUGUGGAGCUCCAUGUGGUGGGCAUUUUUCAUCUCCCAGUGGAGUAAUUCUCUCUCCAGGCUGGCCAGGGUAUUAUAAAGAUUCCUUGAAUUGUGAGUGGGUGAUAGAAGCUGAACCAGGACACUCUAUCAAAAUUACAUUUGAAAGAUUUCAGACUGAACUCAAUUAUGAUGUUUUGGAAGUUCAUGAUGGACCAAACUUAUUAUCUCCACUUCUGGGAUCUUACAAUGGUACACAGGUCCCCCAGUUUCUGUUUAGCAGUAGCAAUUUUAUUUAUCUUCUCUUUACAACUGAUAACAGCCGUUCUAACAAUGGAUUCAAGAUUCACUAUGAAAGUGUAACUGUUAACACUUACUCUUGCUUGGAUCCUGGCAUACCAGUGCAUGGACGUCGUUAUGGACAUGACUUCUCUAUAGGUUCCACUGUCUCAUUUAGUUGUGAUCCAGGUUAUAGGCUGAGUCAUGAGGAGCCUUUGCUAUGUGAAAAAAAUCACUGGUGGAGUCACCCCCUCCCAACUUGUGAUGCUUUAUGUGGUGGAGAUGUUAGAGGACCUAGUGGAACAAUUUUAUCACCGGGUUAUCCUGAUCUAUAUCCAAAUUCACUGAAUUGCACAUGGACUGUGGAUGUUACCCAUGGCAAAGGAGUGCAGUUCACCUUCUACACCUUUCACCUGGAGGAUCACCAUGACUACUUACUAAUAACAGAGAAUGGCAGUUUCACACAGCCAUUAGCACGUCUGACUGGCUCAGAGCUUCCUUCACCAAUCAAUGCUGGUCUCUAUGGAAAUUUCAGGGCUCAAUUGCGCUUUAUUUCAGAUUUUUCAAUAUCAUAUGAAGGAUUUAAUAUUUCUUUCUCUGAGUAUAAUCUUGAACCUUGUGAAGAUCCUGGGAUCCCACAAUUUGGUAACAGAAUAGGAUUUAAUUUUGGAGUGGGAGAUAUUCUGACAUUCUCCUGUUCUUCUGGAUAUCGUUUAGAAGGAGCUUCAGAGGUUAUUUGUCUUGGUGGUGGACGACGAGUAUGGAGUGCACCUCUUCCAAGGUGUGUGGCUGAAUGUGGAGCGUCCACAACAAAUAAUGAAGGAAUCUUAUUGUCUCCCAAUUAUCCUCUUAACUAUGAAAACAACCAUGAAUGUAUUUAUAGCAUUCAGGUACAAGCAGGGAAAGGAAUCAAUAUUUCUGCCAGAACAUUUCACUUAGCCCAAGGAGAUGUUCUUAAGAUCUAUGAUGGCAAAGACAACACUGCUCACCUGCUGGGAGCAUAUACUGGGGCAUCAUUAAGAGGCCUGACACUAAGUAGUACUUCAAAUCAUUUGUGGUUGGAAUUUAACUCAGACACGGAGGGCACCGAUGAAGGUUUUCAGCUUGUGUAUACCAGUUUUGAGCUUUCACACUGUGAGGACCCUGGUGUGCCACAGUUUGGAUAUAAAAUCAGUGACCAAGGCCAUUUUGCUGGGAGUACUAUAAUUUAUGGAUGCAAUCCAGGUUACACACUACACGGAAGUAGCCUGCUAAAGUGUAUGACUGGGGAAAGAAGGGCAUGGGACUAUCCUCUGCCAUCAUGUAUUGCUGAAUGUGGAGGCCGUUUUAAAGGAGAAUCAUCUGGAAGAAUCUUAUCUCCUGGCUAUCCUUUUCCCUAUGACAACAACCUGCGUUGCAUGUGGGUGAUUGAAGUAGACCCAGGAAAUAUUGUCAGCCUCCAAUUUCUUGCUUUUGAUACUGAAGCAUCCCAUGACAUCCUACGAGUUUGGGAUGGUCCACCUGAGAACGAGAUGUUACUCAAAGAAAUUAGUGGCUCACUUGUUCCUGAAGGCAUUCACAGUACACUCAACAUAGUAACUAUCCAAUUUGACACAGAUUUUUAUAUCAGUAAAUCUGGAUUCGCCAUACAGUUUUCAAGUUCUGUAGCCACUGCCUGCCGUGAUCCUGGAGUCCCCAUGAAUGGAACUAGAAAUGGGGAUGGAAGAGAACCUGGAGACACUGUCAUUUUUCAGUGUGACCCUGGCUAUGAACUUCAAGGAGAUGAGAGAAUAACCUGCAUUCAGGUAGAAAAUCGGUACUUCUGGCAGCCCAACCCACCAGUCUGUAUAGCUCCCUGUGGAGGAAACCUGACUGGCUCAUCAGGUUUUAUACUUUCACCAAACUUCCCUCAUCCUUAUCCCCACAGCAGAGAUUGUGACUGGACUAUCACUGUAAAUAAUGAUUAUGUUAUAUCAUUAGCAUUUAUCAGCUUCAGUAUAGAACCAAAUUAUGACUUUCUCUAUAUCUAUGAUGGGCCAGACAGUAAUAGCCCACUAAUUGGGAGCUUUCAAGACAGCAAGCUGCCAGAGAGGAUAGAAAGCAGUUCAAAUACUAUGCAUCUGGCUUUUCGGAGUGAUGGAUCUGUUAGUUUUACUGGAUUCCAUCUAGAGUACAAAGCAAAGCUUCGUGAGUCUUGCUUUGAUCCUGGAAAUAUAAUGAAUGGAACAAGACUUGGAAUGGAUUAUAAACUGGGUUCCACUGUCACAUAUUACUGCGAUGCAGGUUAUGUUCUUCAGGGAUAUUCUACACUAACAUGUAUCAUGGGAGAUGAUGGAAGACCUGGAUGGAACAGAGCCCUGCCCAGUUGUCAUGCACCCUGUGGAAGCCGGUCAACAGGCUCUGAAGGGACUGUAUUAUCACCAAACUACCCCAAGAAUUAUAGUGUUGGUCACAACUGUGUUUACUCUAUCACUGUUCCUAAGGAAUUUGUUGUUUUUGGCCAGUUUGUGUUUUUCCAGACGUCGCUCCAUGAUGUGGUUGAAGUAUAUGAUGGCCCAACUCUACAGUCAUCUUUAUUAUCCUCUCUCUCAGGAUCUCAUUCAGGUGAAUCCCUUCCACUGAGCUCAGGGAACCAGAUAACAGUUAGAUUUACUUCAGUUGGACCAAUAACAGCUAAAGGAUUUCAUUUUGUUUAUCAAGCUGUUCCAAGAACAAGUGCAACACAGUGUAGCUCUGUGCCUGAACCAAGAUUUGGAAAAAGGAUUGGAAAUGAAUUUGCGGUUGGUUCAUUGGUUCUUUUUGAGUGCAAUCCAGGCUAUAUCCUCCAUGGCUCAACAGCAAUUAGAUGUGAUACGGUACCAAAUGCACUGGCACAAUGGAAUGAUUCACUCCCUACGUGUGUUGUGCCCUGUGGUGGUAUUUUAACAAAGCGCAAAGGGACCAUUUUGUCUCCUGGUUACCCUGAGCCUUAUGACAACAAUCUGAAUUGUGUGUGGAAGAUCACAGUACCAGAGGGAGCUGGGAUUCAAGUGAGAACAACCAUACCUCCACUUCUAAACAGUACAUCAAAUAAUCUGUACCUAAAUUUUCAAUCUGAUAUCAGUGUUUCAGCUGCUGGAUUUCACCUUGAGUAUACAGCUAUAGGUUUGGAUUCUUGUCCUGAACCACAGACCCCAAGCAAUGGAAUCAAAAUUGGAGACAGAUACAUGGUUGGAGAUGUGGUGUCUUUCCAGUGUGAUCAGGGUUAUUCUCUUCAGGGACAUUCACAUAUCACUUGUAUGCCUGGACCAGUAAGAAGAUGGAAUUAUCCAAUUCCAAUAUGUUUAGCACAAUGUGGUGGUGGCAUGUCAGACUUCAGUGGAGUGAUCCUCAGCCCUGGGUUUCCUGGCAACUAUCCUAGUAGUUUGGAUUGCACAUGGACAAUAAAGCUGCCUAUUGGGUUUGGUGUCCAUUUGCAAUUUUUGAAUUUCUCAACGGAGACCAUACAUGACUACUUAGAAGUUAGGAGUGGAUCUACAGAAACUAGCACGGUUAUUGGGAGACUAAGUGGCCCUCAGCUCCCAGCCUCUCUGUUCAGCACAACUCAUGAAACCAGCUUAUACUUUCACAGUGAUUACUCACAGAAUAAACAAGGAUUUCAUAUUGUAUAUCAAGCAUAUCAGCUGCAAAGCUGUCCUGAUCCUCGACCAUUUCGGAAUGGUUUUGUUAUUGGAAAUGACUUCACAGUGGGACAGACUAUUUCAUUUGAGUGUUUUCCUGGCUACACAUUAAUUGGAAAUUCAGCUCUGACUUGUCUUCAUGGAAUCAGCCGCAAUUGGAAUCAUCCUCUCCCCAGAUGUGAAGCUCUCUGUGGAGGAAAUAUAACUGCAAUGAAUGGCACCAUAUACUCUCCUGGAUACCCUGAUGAGUAUCCAAACUUUCAAGAUUGCUUCUGGCUUGUAAGAGUACCACCUGGGAAUGGAAUCUACAUCAAUUUCACAGUUCUUCAAACCGAGCCAAUAUAUGAUUUCAUAACUGUCUGGGAUGGACCAGAUCAAACUUCUCCUCAAAUUGGGCAGUUUAGUGGCAACACUGCCUUAGAAUCAGUCUAUAGCACUUCCAAUCAGAUUCUGAUCAAGUUUCACAGUGACUUUACUACCAGUGGCUUCUUUGUACUCAGUUAUCAUGCCUAUCAGCUCCGGGUGUGCCAGCCUCCAGCAAAUAUACCAAAUGCAGAAAUUCUAACUGAGGAUGAUGAAUUCGAAAUAGGAGACAUAAUAAGAUACCAGUGUCAACCAGGCUUUACCUUGGUUGGUAAUGAGAUUCUGACAUGCCGACUGGGUGAAAGACUUCAGAUGGAUGGAGCACCACCUUCUUGUCAAGUGCUCUGCCCAGCCAAUGAAAUGCGUCUGGAUUCAACAGGAGUAAUAUUGAGCCCUGGAUAUCCUGACAGCUACCCCAAUCUCCAGAUGUGUGCAUGGACCAUUACCGUGGAAAAAGGCUAUAAUAUCAGCAUGUUCUUUGAAUUCUUCCAGACAGAAAAGGAAUUUGAUAUACUUGAGGUGUUUGAUGGACCAAAUAGUCAUAGCCCAUUGCUCAUAUCUCUCAGUGGGGACUAUUCAUCUUCUCUAAAUAUAACCAGUAAUGGCCAUGAAGUAUUUCUCCGUUGGUCAGCAGAUCAUGGCACCAAUAAAAAAGGUUUCAGGAUAAGAUAUAUAGCUCUCUACUGUAGUACUCCAGAGUCCCCUCCACAUGGUUUCAUUGUCAGUCAGACAGGUGGACAGCUCAACAGUAUGGUUCGCUGGGCUUGCGAUCGAGGGUUUCGGCUCAUUGGGAAAAGUACUGCUGUAUGCAGGAAGUCUCCAUAUGGUUAUUACUCGUGGGAUGUUCCAGUCCCAGCUUGUCAAGCAAUAUCUUGUGGAAUUCCUAAAGCUCCAUUAAAUGGUGGGAUAUUAACUACAGAUUACUUAGUUGGCACCCGUGUUACUUAUUUUUGCAAUGAUGGAUAUAGGCUAUCAGCCAAAGAGCUUACUACUGCAGUCUGCCAACCGGAUGGGACCUGGAGCAAUCACAAUAAAACACCUCGAUGUGUAGUCGUUACAUGUCCAAGCAUCAAUUCUUUUACACUGGAACAUGGAAGAUGGAGAAUAGUGAAUGGUUCACAUUAUGAGUAUAAAACAAAAGUAGUUUUCAGCUGUGAUCCAGGGUAUUAUGGUUUGGGACCAGCAUCUAUUGAGUGCCUUGCUAAUGGCACCUGGAGUUGGAGAAAUGAGAGGCCUUACUGCCAAAUUAUUUCUUGUGGAGAACUUCCUACACCUCCCAAUGGAAAUAAGAUUGGAACUCAAAUCACCUAUGGAUCUACAGCUAUAUUUACCUGUGACUCAGGAUACAUGUUAGUUGGCUCUGCAGUGAGGGAAUGUCUGUCAUCUGGACUCUGGAGAGGAAUUGAGACGAGAUGUUUAGCUGGUCACUGUGGUAUUCCAGAUCUUAUAGUCAAUGGACAAGUAAUAGGAGAAAAUUAUGGAUAUAGAGACACAGUUGUAUACCAGUGCAGUCCUGGUUUUCGGUUGAUUGGUUCUUCUGUAAGAAUAUGUCAACAGGAUCACAACUGGUCUGGUCAGCUUCCAUCUUGUGUGCCUGUUAGCUGUGGUCACCCUGGUAGUCCUAUUUAUGGAAGAACAAGUGGAAAUGGUUUCAACUUCAAUGAUGUUGUGACAUUCUCGUGUAAUACUGGGUAUAUUAUGCAAGGACCAACCAAAGCACAGUGCCAAGCUAACAGGCAGUGGAGCCAUCCACCUCCAAUAUGCAAAGUGGUCAAUUGUUCUGAUCCUGGAAUUCCUGCAAAUUCUAUAAGAGAAAGUAAAAUAGAACAUGGAAAUUUCACAUAUGGCACAGUGGUAUUUUAUGACUGUAAUCCUGGAUAUUUUUUAUUUGGCUCUUCAGUUUUAAUUUGUCAACCAAAUGGCCAUUGGGACAAACCUCUCCCUGAAUGUAUUAUGAUUGACUGUGGACAUCCUGGAGUUCCUCCUAAUGCGAUCCUGUCUGGUGAUAAAUACACAUUUGGGUCUACUGUCCAUUAUAGCUGCACAGGCAGACGAUCAUUGUUAGGGCAGUCAUCUCGGACAUGUCAGUUAAAUGGACACUGGAGUGGAUCUCUCCCUCAUUGCUCAGGUGAUACAGCUGGUUCUUGUGGUGAUCCAGGUAUCCCAGGUCAUGGGUCUAGAGAAGAAAACAAUUUUAAAAUUAAAAGCACAAUACAUUUCAGCUGUGAUAUUGGAUAUAUCCUCCAUGGCUCAGAAGAAAGAACGUGUCUGGCAAAUGGAAGUUGGACAGGAAGACAACCAGAGUGCAAAGCUGUGCAGUGUGGUAAUCCAGGAACAACUGCUAAUGGAAAAGUACUUCGUAUCGAUGGCACUACAUUCUCUAAUUCAGUAAUUUAUUCAUGUGUGGAAGGAUACAUACUUUCUGGAUCAUCUGUAAGACAGUGCACUGCCAAUGGAACAUGGUCUGGAUCCUUGCCAAACUGCACAAUUAUCAGUUGUGGAGAUCCAGGAGUCCCAGCCAAUGGCAUGAGAUAUGGUGAUGAUUAUGUUGUUGGACAAAAUGUUACUUAUAUGUGCCAACCUGGUUAUACAAUGGAAGCAAAUAGCUCCUUAAUUCGCACUUGUACUAGCAAUGGCACGUGGAGUGGAGUAAUCCCAACAUGCAAAGCUGUUACCUGCCCAACUCCUCCGCAGAUCUCUAAUGGAAGGUUGGAAGGAACAAACUUGGACUGGGGAUUUAGCAUUAGCUAUGUCUGUUCUCCAGGAUAUGAACUCUCUUUUCCUGCUGUUUUGACUUGUGUUGGGAAUGGAACAUGGAGUGGUGAAGUACCUCAGUGUUUACCAAAGUUUUGUGGUGACCCUGGAGUACCUGCUCAAGGGAAAAGAGAAGGCAAAAGCUUCAUCUAUCAGUCAGAAGUCUCUUUCAGCUGCAAUCCUCCUUUUGUUUUGGUUGGCUCCAGCACCAGGAUUUGCCAAGCAGAUGGCACAUGGAGUGGGUCUUCUCCUCGAUGUAUAGAACCUACUCGCACAGCAUGUGAAAAUCCAGGAGUCCCAAGACAUGGGUCACAAAACAACACAUUUGGCUAUCAGGUGGGAAAUGUUGUUCAAUUUCAGUGUAAAAAAGGACACCUUCUCCAUGGUUCAACAACACGAACAUGCCUUCCUGAUCUUACAUGGAGUGGAAUCCAGCCAGAAUGCAUACCUCACAGCUGUAAACAACCAGAAACGCCAAGUCAUGCUAAUGUUGCAGGAAUGGAUCUUCCCUCACUUGGUUAUACGUUGAUUUACACUUGUCAGCCAGGCUUUUUCCUGGCAGGAGGUUCUGAGCACAGAGCCUGUAGGUCUGAUGGCACAUGGACUGGGAAAGUUCCAGUUUGUGAAGCUGGUUCCAAAAUAUUAGUGAAGGAUCCCAGACCAGCUUUGGGAACACCAAGUCCCAAACUAAGUGUUCCUGAUGAUGUAUUUGCCCAAAAUUAUAUAUGGAAAGGAUCUUACAAUUACAAAAGCAAGAAACAGCCCAUGACUUUGACAGUCACCAGUUUCAAUGCAACUUCAGGAAGAGUAAAUGCAACACUUACAAACAGCAAUAUGGAAUUGCUGCUAUCAGGAGUGUAUAAAAGCCAGGAAGCUCGGCUAAUGCUCCACAUAUAUCUCAUUAAAGCACCCUCCCAUACAUCUGCAAGCAAGUUGAAAGAGGAAAAAUGGGCUAUGGAUGGUUUUGUUUCUGCUGAACCUGAUGGAGCAACAUAUGUUUUUCAAGGAUUCAUCCAGGGUAAAGAUUAUGGACAAUUUGGACUUCAAAGAUUAGGUCUUAACAUGUCUGAGGGUUCAAGUUCUUCUAAUCAACCACAUGGUACAAACAGUAGUUCAGUGGCCAUUGCUAUCCUUGUGCCUUUCUUUGCCCUUAUAUUUGCUGGUUUUGGCUUUUAUCUUUAUAAACAAAGGACUGCACCUAAAACACAGUAUACAGGAUGCUCUGUACAUGAAAAUAAUAAUGGACAAGCUGCUUUUGAAAACCCCAUGUAUGACACAAAUGCAAAGUCAGUGGAAGGGAAAGCGGUACGAUUUGACCCCAACUUGAACACUGUUUGCACAAUGGUAUAAUGUGGUAAUGAUUUGUCUUCGAAGUCUGGGAAUUGGCACACAACACAGUGCACACACAGUUCGCUGAUUGAAAAAAAAAAAGAAAUUAAAAAAAUUAAAGCACACUUUUCAGGAUGUAGUGGGUCACCUUUUCCUGAGGACGAUAGGCAAGUAUGCGUUGUAGUUAUUUUGUUUUCAUUUUGUUUUUCAUAAACUGGAUCAGAAUUCUUCAUGUAUGCCAUGGAGAGUGUUAAAAAAAUUUGCUGCACUCCAUGAGUGCUACUCACAGUUUAUUUGCUUUUUUAAAAAAGGAGGUUAUUCUAAAACAUAAAACGUAUUUGCAUAUAUUGGAGGAGCAUCCACUAUCAGUAUUCUGUGCUUUAUAAAAACUAUAAUAGAGGGACUGGGUUAAAAAAAAAAAGAUAUAGGUAGAAAAUAAGAGCUAUACUUACAGGAGACAAUAGGUCACUGAUUUCUCUUUAACAGUCAUAUGCUACACCUUUCUCAUGAGUUGGUAACUUUUUUCCUUUUUCAGCCUGUUUAGUAUUUUAUUUUUCUCAGUACAGUUAAGUUUUUUAGUCCAGGAUGUAGUAUUUAGAAAUCAGCAACUAUAACUUUCUCUUUUCAUGCCACAGAAAAAAAAAUAGAAUUCAUAUUCUUAUUUCAUGAAUUUCCUUCCCUGCUUCACAACUUGCUUCAUUUUCAUGUUCCAAGUGAAACCUAUUUUCUGUGUUUCCAUUAACAAUACCCACAAAUGGUAAUGUUUAUAUAUUUCUUUUGUCAAUCAUACAUCUAGACAAAUUUUACAAUGAAGAAGCUAAUAUGAGUUGAGCUUUGUAUGUGACUAUGUUUGGUAACGUUGAAGAACAUUCAAGAGUGACCAUCUUACAUUUUUGCAAAAAUGAAAACAUAAUUUAAUGAUAUUUCCUAUUAAAAAUGCAGUUUACAGUAACAUUAGUAAUGAAAUCCAUAUAUCAAAAAUUUAAGACACCAUCUUUCAAUCCAUGUUAGUUAAAACUAGGCCAUAUCACACCAGUUUAUUCCUUCAGCAUUUUAACAAAAUGCAUGCACAAAGCAUGAUGAAAUCCCAUUGAAGCUGAUGGAUUCUAAGAGACUUCAAUGAACUUUGGAUCAGAUCUACAGGGCAAAAGGAAGUUAUAAUUUGAAAAUACUGUGUUUUCACAUCUAUUUUGUCUAUAUAUUCCGUACUUUAGGGAAAAAAAUCUUUACAGCUCAUUUAAAAUUAAAUAUAUUACCAUAGUGCAAUGAAAAAAAAUUGAUAUAUAUAUAUAUAUAUAAAGCCAUGAUUUUAUUAGGGACAAUCCAUUCAUUUUAGGGACAAUUCAGAUUCCACAGCCCUCAGAUACAAGUUUUCGACAUUCCAGAAUCACUUCUAAGGAAAUGCAAUUUUUAGUUUUACAGUUAUUUCAUAUCAGAAUUAUUCAGUGGGAACCCAGUAAUUUAUUUGAUGUAGGUCAUUGUCUUCCAUUCAUAGCAUGACUCACAAAUGCUGUGUGUUAGCCAGUGUGAAUUAUCUGUUAUUGUCCCUUUCAGACAUUAAUGAUUCUGUGAAAAUCUAAACUUUUUAUUACCGUAAUAGAGAGUGCCUACCAAAAAUCAUUGUACCCAGGAUUGCUGCUUGGAUUUCUAUAAUGUUUGAUGAAUUUCUUAUAAACCAUUUUACAACACUUUGUUUUGAAUAUUCAUACAACUCUGUCAAACUGUAUUCUACUAAAAGGAUGCUGUUUUAUAUUUUAUACCAUUGGUUGUUAUUUAUUCUCGUUUAUUCAAAUGACUGCAAUAACUAUGAUUCAUUCAUUAAUGUUAAGGUUAAUACAUUUGAGAUCAUUUAAAAUGUUUCUUCUGCAACUGGCUACUCCUCUUAUAUUAAUGCAUACACUUUUGUAAAGAAGUAUAUUUUUAUGAAAAAGGAUUUGUAAAAGUAUGAUGUAAAUUUUCAGUGCAAUGUAAACAAAAUAAAAAUGGACAAUUGCUUUUUUAAA